UCAAAGAGUCACAGUUGACUUUAACCACAGCACGAAUCAGCUGCACACGCACGCAAGCGCACCGGGGUUUUGCGGCUCUUUUAAAUCCACCUGUUCACGCGCUCCCCCCUGCUCGCUGCUGCUGAUAGGUUUGUCAGGAAGAGAAAUCACUUCUUUUUUUUUUUUACGCCUUUUGGCACGAGGUGGCGGGGGGAGCUCUCCUCAUAGCACCAUCACCCCAGCACAGACAGAGCACAGAGCUGCUGCUGCCUGCUGAAUGGAUUACCUGCACGGCUUUGCGCACAAGCCUCCUCACAUUAAUAACCUCCAUCUCGGAGAAGAGCGCGAGCCUUUUUUUUUUUUUGAUAUGAUUACACCUCAACGACGCCGAUCGUGCCCGGCGCACUGAUUUGAGACCAGCUCUGACUCCCAAAGUCACAUCGCCACCGCCGCCGCCUGUACGCGCAGAACAAUCCGUCUGGAGAGGAGUUUUUUUCCUGCAACAAUUUGUUGCAAACGUUGCAAAAGGGGGGCGAAGUCAUGGUGCCGGCAAUGCAUCGGCGUCUCAUGGCACCGUGAGAACUUUCUUCCUGUCUCUCCCUCCCCUUCCUCCUCCUUUUUUCCCUCCUCUCUUCUUGUUGUUGUUGUUUUAGAUGUUUGCCAGCGGGAUCGUGCUUCUUUGGGAAAUUAUCCGCCGUUUCCCCUUUCAAUUAUGUUCACUUUUGCUGCCUUCUGCUACAUGCUGUCUCUGGUCCUCUGCGUGUCCCUGAUCUUCUUCGCAAUAUGGCACAUAACGGCUUUCGAUGAGCUCCAGACUGACUUCAAGGUGCCGAUCGAUCAGGGCAAUCCACUCCAUGCGAGGGAGAGACUGCGGAACAUCGAGAGGAUCUGCAACUUGCUGAGGAAGUUGGUGCUACCAGAGUACUCCAUCCAUGGACUCUUCUGCAUCAUGUUCCUGUGUGCCCAGCAGUGGCUGACGGUGGGCCUCAACAUCCCCCUGCUCUUCUACAACACAUGGAGUAGGUACUUCCAUUCCCCAACGGACACUAAGGAGCUACUCUACGACCCGGCAUCGGUGAUGAACGGCGACACGCUCAAGUUCUGCAUGAAGGAGGCCUGGUGCAAGCUGUCCUUCUUCGUCCUCUCCUUCUUCUACUAUCUCUACUGUGUGUGGAACCUGGAUAUAUCCCUCUAAUAGGUCUUAUCAAUGGAAACACUUAAAAGGUACACUCUUUUUUUUUUGUUUUUACACCUUUUAUUCUAUGGUAGUAAAUGAAGACUGAAUAGCGUUAUUCUUAAAGUUACUACAAGGAACAGUUAACUGGUUAUGAAACAAUCUAAAUUAAUACUGAUGCCUCUCUAUCACCUCCAUAAGUAAACAAGAGCAUCAGCAAGAUGAUUGACUAUUUAUAUAUAGUUAUUCUUAAUGCCUGUCAUCUGGUCUGAUUCGCCGCGAUAUCAGGUGAAAAGAUUUACGAUUUAAACGAUUUAAACUCCUGCUCACACUCAAGCGGGGCCUCCAGCAGUGACCAGCCCACCACGAACAGACCCAGAUCCGGCUUCGCUGCCUCCUUCGACCUGACUCCUUUGUCCGGCGGCAGCAGCUCCUUCAACCUUCAAGCUUCAACCUUGCUGCUCAACCGGCCCCCGGAUGAUCCAGAUGGGACACCAGCCAAAGACAAAGCGGUGUUCAUGGAAUAUUUCCCUUGAUCCAGGACGACCUGUGUGCCGUUUCCCGGGGUAUGGAGAGAAGCUACAGCGGAGUCAGUCAGUGGCUGCAGAACCUUGAGCUCACCGCCCGCCUCAAUGAGAGCCGACACCGACACCACGCUGCUGGAGGCCCAGGCCGUAUUGCUGGGCCUGAGGGAAGGGAAGCACGGUAGUACCAGAACAAGGACAAAGCUGAGCUGACUGUCAGAUUCUACUGCAGUAAAAUGAGAGGAAGUUUUCUAAAGGGGGUCUGGCAGCUGCUGAUAUUUAUGACAAGGGGCGCUUGCGCUCAUGGAAACACUAUCGCUUGUGUCCACAGGGGGAGCCAUAUUCAACACAAAAUGAAAGUUCCUUGUCGUAACUUUUAGAAAAUUUGACCCUAAUGGUCUUCCAUAGGGCCACCACAGUUGAUCUCGAUCUGUAUAAAGGCCAAGUUUGCUCUGAAUGUGUCUUGAAGGACUGUUGUGACAACAUGGGUUUUAGCUUCAAACUGAUCUUGACAUUUCUCUGGAGCCAAUGUGGGUUCCGAAUUGAAGCUAUUAGCGGCCAGACAUGGCAGCAUUAGCACACAAGAGGGUUUUUGCUGACACAUUAGUCUAUUACCCGAAAAGGAUUGCAACUUUAACAUUGAGUUGUUCUUGUACAUGUGUGAUAAUGCUACGAGUAAACAUUUGACAACAAUGUGGUGAUGCAAUGUCUUGUUAGGCAGUAGGCAGAGUGAUGUUAAUAUGUUUAUCACAGCAAUAUCACAGUAGAAAAGCAAAAUAUACUUAAAUAACACAAGAGACCAUUUUUGGGUGUAUUUCUUUGAUGUUGAUAAAAGUAGCAUUGGCAUUACAUCUUAAAAUCAACAUAUUGUCAGGGAGAUAGGGUGAUGUUUUCUUUUUUAAAUACUUGUGUGAAUUGUUGAAAGAAAAUACUAGUUUUUAAAAAAAAAACAAUAUACCUGACUUCUUUCCUUUGGUAAAAGAUCAUUGUCCUUACAGCUAUUAUGAUGUGGAUAUUAUCGUAAAGAAAAUGUCUUUCCAUUUCAACACAUGUCCCCUUCACACAGAGACAUGCAGUCAAUUGUAUGUUUGUUUCCCACUGACAGCAGUAUUACAAAGACUAACAUUGUAGACAAGGAGGUUAAAGUAUGCUCCCCCUGGCAUGGUAGAGUGGUAGAAAUUAGGACUGGGAAAAAAACAACAACUAAUGUUUUAUGCUCAUCUCAUCCAUCGUCAUACCAGUACCUAUGGCACCUGUAUUGUAAGUUCAACGUAAAGGAAACCUUUGAGGUGAAUUUAAUUAGAGGUGUUUUUGCGUAUUUUUAGUUCAUUAACUAAAACAUGCAGCUACUAAAUAUGUGACCUUUACAUAACUUUCUUUUUACAUUUCAGAUGUGUUGUGAAGGAGAGGCAGACACGAUGUAGUUUUCAUGCACUUGCUUCCUGAACACGUCCUCUUUCAGACUAGUGGAAAGAAAACAUUUAGGUGUUUGUUUUACUUACUUUGUCUUUUUUCUUUAGAUUUCUGACAAAAUUUUGCAUUCGAUAAUAUUUAAUUUCAAUAUUGAAACAUAGCAUUUAAAAAACUAGCAAUACAAAAAAUAAUAUUAAUUUAAGUAAUCAACUGGGGAAUCUAUUAGAUACUUUUUUUUUUUUACCCUAUUCACCUGUAGUGUCUUCAAGAUGUUUGUAAUUUUACAAAACAUAUCUUUAAAGGCCGUUUUCUCCAAAUAAGUUUUCUCUCAGACUCUGAUACAUAAAUCUUCAGUAGCUCUUACUUUCACCAAACCAUCCAGUUUCAUUCCUCUAUAUUCUGAAGGUUUUUACUGAGGGGUUUGUUCUUAUGUCAUUUAUAGCCUGAUUUAUACAACAUUUUACGACUAAAAACAUGGAGAAAAUGUAUAUUUUAUAGCUGUUUCAUGAUGAUAUCUAAUAGUUAUUUUUUGUAUCCUAUUGACCGGUAGUGUCUCCCCUUAAACACUCCAUGUAGGGGCUUGAACAAAGCGAGAAUGUGGUAUGAGGUAAACCAUGAUUCAUCUUGAACUUAUACCAUUGCUUCUCCAUCCCGUCCUGCUCUAGCUCAUGCUGUGUUAGAGACCUCUUGCAGCAGCAGCAGUGAGGUACUUCUUUACAAGCCGGGCGAUGGUCCAUUCACUUUCAAUUCCAUCAAGUUCAACGGGGCGUUUUUCUUGAAAUUCGUAUUUAAAUGUUAAAACACUUUCAAGAUAUUAACCAUGGUGUGAUGUUUACGUUGCAUAGUGAUGUUAGCUUGAUUAAACAAAGGCCAUCAGCUGGUGAAUCGGUCAAGUCAAAUAACUUUGAUGCCUUUUACAAUAAAGCAUUAACUAUUAGAGUAUUGUUUUAGUUUGUAUAUCUUCUAUUCUUCUCCUAUAGGGGGGCUUCUAGAGAUGUUGCCUCAUAACCACAGUUUAGCAUUUACAUUGGCGAUUUAAAUUAUCAUAACUAAAGUAAAACUUGGAAAACAAAUAUCAGGUUGUAGAAAAUAUUUUAUCAAUAAGCAGUGACACAUUUUUAGUUGUUUGCUGAAAUAGGUUUUUAUAAUCAGGCUUGACUGGGCCAUUCUAAUGUCAUGCUUUGGCUGAAAAGCAACAAUUCAUUUUUUUUAUCGAUGUUGACGGUCAGUAUAAACAGUGAAUUAAAUGGUGGAUAUAUACAUAUAUACAUAUAUACAUACAUACAGUAGGUGUAUGUAAAGAACUCAACUGAACUUGAACUGGAAGUGAAGUGACCUGAAACCUGCUUUAUGUGUC